AUGUUCCGCCGCGCCCGCCUCAAUGUGCGGCCCAAUGUGCGACCUGCGGGCAGGAGUGCCGGCAGCGCGGCCGACCCGAAGCCUCAGGGUGCGGACUCCCCUGUGGCUGCCGGUGCAGAGGGUGCGGUGGGAGAGGCGACUGAACCCCCGUCGACGGCUCCGGGGGUGGAGAGUGAUGACAAGGCUGAUGGCUCAAAUGAUGCUGGAGAAGCUAGCAAACCUGCAGAGGUGCCUAUGCAGAGGAGAAAACGGAUCUCUACCAUGCCCAAUCUUGCCAAACCACGAGCUGCACCUUCAUCUGCUCAGCAGCCUGCAUCAAAGCCACAGAGGAGAGCAUCACAGGCUCCUGAUGGCAAUGCUUCCCUGCAGAAGGAGCUCUCUCCAUCAGAAAAGAGUCAUGCUGAAAGCCCCUUAAAGCCUCCCAUGCUGCCCGAGAAGAAAACACCUGUGCCGCAGGUGCCACAGUUUUCCCCACUGAAAAAAUCAGUGAGCAAAGAGCCAACUGUAUGUGUAGCUGCUCAAAAGAAUGAGGAUGGCUUGCAGAAGAGUGUACCUUCCCCACUCAAGGAGAGACCAACACAGGAAAGAUCAGGAACACAGGAGGAAAAGCUGCCUGCAAAACCUUCCCCUGUAAAAGAGAAACGAAUGUGUUCUGACCGCGAAAGGAUCCUCAAAGCUCAGAAGUUGAAAGAAAUGCUUAAAGAAGAGCUGAAGAAAGAAAGGAUGAAACAGUUGAAACACAGGCCUCCAAUAAUAGAAGGACGUUCUCCACCAGAUCAUUCUAAAAUGACCAUGAGAGACUUGAUAUACUACCUGCCAGAAAACAACCCUAUGAAGUCCUCACUGGCAGAAGAAAAGAGAACAGAAAGAAAUUCUGCACCAAGUCAAAUGAAAGAACAGGAAGAGAAAAGUGCUCCUGAUUGUGAAGAAGAUGACGAAAAGCAAGAAGCAGAGAAUGAGGAGGAGAGUCAGGACGGUCCACUUCUAGUUCCUCGUGUGAAAGUAGCAGAAGAUGGUUCCAUUAUUCUGGAUGAAGAAAGUUUAACUGUGGAAGUUCUAAGAACAAAAGGCCCAUGUGUGGUUGAAGAAAACGAUCCCAUCUUUGAGCGUGGCUCUACAACUACCUAUUCCAGCUUCAGGAAAAGUUUUUACACAAAACCAUGGUCAAAUAAAGAAACAGACAUGUUCUUCUUAGCUAUCAGCAUGGUAGGAACAGACUUCUCUCUCAUUGGACGACUGUUUCCUCAUAGAGCUAGAGCAGAAAUUAAGAACAAGUUCAAACGUGAGGAAAAAGCUAAUGGAUGGAGGAUAGACAAAGCUUUCAAAGAAAAGCGGCCCUUCGAUUUUGAAUUCUUUGCCCAGCUGCUUGAGAAAGUCCUAGCAGAUGAAGAAAAAAGAAAGCAAAAGACUGUUAAAAGCCAGAAGCCAAAGGAAAAGAAGCCAUCAAGGCCCUGGAAGAAGCCUAAAGCAAAAAAUACCAACACAGAAGUUGCUAAUGAGCAAGGUGAUCUUCAGGAAGCCAGAAUUUCUGAUGCAGAAGCAGAUGCUGUGAUGGCUGAGAAGGAAAAUGAGGAAUCUUUGGGCAUUUCUGAAGAAGCAGGAGAACAGAUUACAUCAGAGCCAGCAUUAGCAAAAAGGGGGAGAAAGAGAAAGAGGAAAGAUGAUCUUGAAGAAGUGGAGAAUCUUUCAGAUGUAAUGGCUGUCCCUUCAAAAAUUGCUGAUAAAGGGAAAUUCUCUAAGAAAACAGAAAGAAAAGUGGUGUGUGGUGCCAGCAAGGAUGGUCACACUACCUGUGGAGAAGAGAUGGAUAGUGUCAUGGAAGGAAAACAAGGUGAGACUGCUGUUACAGAGGAAGAGAGAUCAGAGUCCUGCUUACCAGUGGAUCACAGAAUGGAGAGGGAAAGUGAUGUAAUUUUAUGCAGCUUUGAAGGUGGCAGUGAUUUCAUGCUGGAAACAGAUUCUGCUAAACUGAGAACCCAAGAUGCUAGAGAUGGUGCAUCACAGGAAGGCCAGGUUUCAGAGUUACCAGUUGCAGAGGCUAGAACCAAAGAAAGGCAGUCUGAAGAAACUAGUGAAACAAAGAACAAAGACGUUCAGGAAUUGCAUAGACCAAAGGAAUGCCAGAGUUCAGAAGAAAAUCAGAGUGUAUCAGAAAGUGAUUCACAGUCUGAAAUCAUGAAACCUAAAGAGAGAACAAGGAGAAGGGAGCUGCAAACACAUCAAUCCCGCUCCCCCAGACCAACUAGAAGGAGAAAAAAAUGCUCUGAGGAAGACAGCAGAAGAAACAGAGAUGAUGCCACUGCAAGAGAGGAUGUGGAUUUGGAAAGUAAAUCUCAAGAAGCUGAAGAAGCUGUAGCUGCAGAGGCCACAGGUAGAGGACGUUGGCAGAGGUUUAAGCCUAAUGUUGCCACAGCUUCUGUGAGGAAAGAAGAGUCUGGAAAAGAUGGAAGAAGUGAUGAAGUGCUCCAUCCAUGUUCUAAGAGAAGAAGCAGAAAGAACGCUGGGCCAAGUAAGACCUCUGACCCUGCCAGUGAAGUAGCUGCAGGAAAAGAUGAUAAAGGCCUGGAGACAAUGUCUGAAAUAACUGGAAAGGAAACAAACAGCCGACAACGGGAAAGACCUAAACCCUACCCGGUGAGGUCACCUAAAAGGAGAAAAAAAGUAUGCCAAGAGAAAAUGGAGGCUGAGACUUCUUCUUCUGUCCUUGGAAAUGCAGAUGAAAAGUGCUCUGAGGAAGACAGCAGAAGAAACAGAGAUGAUGCCACUGCAAGAGAGGAUGUGGAUUUGGAAAGUAAAUCUCAAGAAGCUGAAGAAGCUGUAGCUGCAGAGGCCACAGGUAGAGGACGUUGGCAGAGGUUUAAGCCUAAUGUUACCAGAGCUUCUGUGAGGAAAGAAGAGUCUGGAAAAGAUGGAAGAAGUGAUGAAGUGCUCCAUCCAUGUUCUAAGAGAAGAAGCAGAAAGAACGCUGGGCCAAGUAAGACCUCUGACCCUGCCAGUGAAGUAGCUGCAGGAAAAGAUGAUAAAGGCCUGGAGACAAUGUCUGAAAUAACUGGAAAGGAAACAAACAGCCGACAACGGGAAAGACCUAAACCCUACCCGGUGAGGUCACCUAAAAGGAGAAAAAAAGUAUGCCAAGAGAAAAUGGAGGCUGAGACUUCUUCUUCUGUCCUUGGAAAUGCAGAUGAAAAGUGCUCUGAGGAAGACAGCAGAAGAAACAGAGAUGAUGCCACUGCAAGAGAGGAUGUGGAUUUGGAAAGUAAAUCUCAAGAAGCUGAAGAAGCUGUAGCUGCAGAGGCGACAGGUAGAGGACGUUGGCAGAGGUUUAAGCCUAAUGUUGCCACAGCUUCUAUGAGGAAAGAAGAGUCUGGAAAAGAUGGAAGAAGUGAUGAAGUGCUCCAUCCAUGUUCUAAGAGAAGAAGCAGAAAGAACGCUGGGCCAAGUAAGACCUCUGACCCUGCCAGUGAAGUAGCUGCAGGAAAAGAUGAUAAAGGCCUGGAGACAGUGUCUGAAGAAGCUGAAGAAGCUGUAGCUGCAGAGGCGACAGGUAGAGGACGUUGGCAGAGGUUUAAGCCUAAUGUUACCAGAGCUUCUGUGAGGAAAGAAGAGUCUGGAAAAGAUGGAAGAAGUGAUGAAGUGCUCCAUCCAUGUUCUAAGAGCAGAAGCAGAAAGAACGCUGGGCCAAGUAAGACCUCUGACCCUGCCAGUGAAGUAGCUGCAGGAAAAGAUGAUAAAGGCCUGGAGACAAUGUCUGAAAUAACUGGAAAGGAAACAAACAGCCGACAACGGGAAAGACCUAAACCCUACCCGGUGAGGUCACCUAAAAGGAGAAAAAAAGUAUGCCAAGAGAAAAUGGAGGCUGAGACUUCUUCUUCUGUCCUUGGAAAUGCAGAUGAAAAGUGCUCUGAGGAAGACAGCAGAAGAAACAGAGAUGAUGCCACUGCAAGAGAGGAUGUGGAUUUGGAAAGUAAAUCUCAAGAAGCUGAAGAAGCUGUAGCUGCAGAGGCGACAGGUAGAGGACGUUGGCAGAGGUUUAAGCCUAAUGUUACCAGAGCUUCUGUGAGGAAAGAAGAGUCUGGAAAAGAUGGAAGAAGUGAUGAAGUGCUCCAUCCAUGUUCUAAGAGCAGAAGCAGAAAGAACGCUGGGCCAAGUAAGACCUCUGACCCUGCCAGUGAAGUAGCUGCAGGAAAAGAUGAUAAAGGCCUGGAGACAAUGUCUGAAGAAGCUGAAGAAGCUGUAGCUGCAGAGGCGACAGGUAGAGGACGUUGGCAGAGGUUUAAGCCUAAUGUUACCAGAGCUUCUGUGAGGAAAGAAGAGUCUGGAAAAGAUGGAAGAAGUGAUGAAGUGCUCCAUCCAUGUUCUAAGAGCAGAAGCAGAAAGAACGCUGGGCCAAGUAAGACCUCUGACCCUGCCAGUGAAGUAGCUGCAGGAAAAGAUGAUAAAGGCCUGGAGACAAUGUCUGAAGAAGCUGAAGAAGCUGUAGCUGCAGAGGCGACAGGUAGAGGACGUUGGCAGAGGUUUAAGCCUAAUGUUACCAGAGCUUCUGUGAGGAAAGAAGAGUCUGGAAAAGAUGGAAGAAGUGAUGAAGUGCUCCAUCCAUGUUCUAAGAGCAGAAGCAGAAAGAACACUGGGCCAAGUAAGACCUCUGACCCUGCCAGUGAAGUAGCUGCAGGAAAAGAUGAUAAAGGCCUGGAGACAAUGUCUGAAGAAGCUGAAGAAGCUGUAGCUGCAGAGGCGACAGGUAGAGGACGUUGGCAGAGGUUUAAGCCUAAUGUUACCAGAGCUUCUGUGAGGAAAGAAGAGUCUGGAAAAGAUGGAAGAAGUGAUGAAGUGCUCCAUCCAUGUUCUAAGAGCAGAAGCAGAAAGAACGCUGGGCCAAGUAAGACCUCUGACCCUGCCAGUGAAGUAGCUGCAGGAAAAGAUGAUAAAGGCCUGGAGACAAUGUCUGAAGAAGCUGAAGAAGCUGUAGCUGCAGAGGCGACAGGUAGAGGACGUUGGCAGAGGUUUAAGCCUAAUGUUACCAGAGCUUCUGUGAGGAAAGAAGAGUCUGGAAAAGAUGGAAGAAGUGAUGAAGUGCUCCAUCCAUGUUCUAAGAGCAGAAGCAGAAAGAACACUGGGCCAAGUAAGACCUCUGACCCUGCCAGUGAAGUAGCUGCAGGAAAAGAUGAUAAAGGCCUGGAGACAAUGUCUGAAGAAGCUGAAGAAGCUGUAGCUGCAGAGGCGACAGGUAGAGGACGUUGGCAGAGGUUUAAGCCUAAUGUUACCAGAGCUUCUGUGAGGAAAGAAGAGUCUGGAAAAGAUGGAAGAAGUGAUGAAGUGCUCCAUCCAUGUUCUAAGAGCAGAAGCAGAAAGAACGCUGGGCCAAGUAAGACCUCUGACCCUGCCAGUGAAGUAGCUGCAGGAAAAGAUGAUAAAGGCCUGGAGACAAUGUCUGAAGAAGCUGAAGAAGCUGCAGCUGCAGAGGCCACAGGUAGAGGACGUUGGCAGAGGUUUAAGCCUAAUGUUACCAGAGCUUCUGUGAGGAAAGAAGAGCCUGGAAAAGAUGGAAGAAGUGAUGAAGUGCUCCAUCCAUGUUCUAAGAGAAGAAGCAGAAAGAACGCUGGGCCAAGUAAGACCUCUGACCCUGCCAGUGAAGUAGCUGCAGGAAAAGAUGAUAAAGGCCUGGAGACAAUGUCUGAAGAAGCUGAAGAAGCUGUAGCUGCAGAGGCGACAGGUAGAGGACGUUGGCAGAGGUUUAAGCCUAAUGUUACCAGAGCUUCUGUGAGGAAAGAAGAGUCUGGAAAAGAUGGAAGAAGUGAUGAAGUGCUCCAUCCAUGUUCUAAGAGAAGAAGCAGAAAGAACGCUGGGCCAAGUAAGACCUCUGACCCUGCCAGUGAAGUAGCUGCAGGAAAAGAUGAUAAAGGCCUGGAGACAAUGUCUGAGCCCAAUGAAAGAGCUGGCUUACAAGAAGACAGCACACAGAGUGUGCUGAAACCAUCACCUCUCAAUAGACGCAGGGUGCAGAGAUCUACACCAAAUCUACCACAAACUGAUACAAGACAGAAAGGUUUGAUGGGUGAAAAAGAUCCUGAAGAGGAGAAGACUGCAGGUGGCCAAGCAGAAGAAGCUGUGAUACAGCAAAAGGAAGACAACAAUGAUCCGUUCCCCAGAACUGAUGUGAUGGCUCAUGAAGGCGUUCAUCCAUGCAGUGUGAUGUCGGAAAAGAUUGUUUCUUCAGAUUCUGAGAUGAACACAAGACUUACAAGGCAGUCUUCCCAAGAAAAGUCUGCAAAAGCAGAAGGCGACGAAAGUGAAAAGGAAUUAUCAUAUGUCCUGAAAAAGGUUUCAGAAUUGAAAAUAGGGGAGUCUUAUCCUCAGAAGGAAGAAGAGAAGACUGGUUUACCAUCAACUUGGUUUCUGAGGACUCGGUGCCAGAAACCUGAGCCAAGUUUAAGAACAACAGCUACUAGAAAGGAAGAGCUCAAGGUAAGUAAUAGAGGAUUACAAAAAGAUACUAACAAGGAAGAAGGUUUGACACAAUGUGGCAGUGAAUGUAGCAUCCUUCCUGAUACAGAUAAGCCAAGAAAAGAUGAAGUCCUGCAACAGGUGGAAUUCUUAAAGACUAUGUCACUUGGCUCUAAGGUGUUUUCUGUGGGGGAAAGUUUUGACUUCCAAAAGACAUUCUCAAGAUCAGAGUGUGGUGUACUCAUGUCUUGUCUGCCUGAAACCAACCAAGAUGACACCUCAACUAGUAAUGCAGGUAUUGACAGCAAAAAUACCACUGAAGAAGAAAGUAAAGAAACACCUCUUCAACCAUCCCAGCUGCUGCAAAGCAGAUGCGAUAGGUACAAGCCAAACUUGGAAGGAGCUGUUGGAAGGGAAGAAUUACAAAUACCAGAAAAUGAGAGGAAAAAGCAGCCCGAAUCUGAGCAGCUGGUGUUUCAAAAAGAUGACUCUGCCUAUGCUGUCAUUGCUGAAAGUGAAGCUGCAUUGUGUCCAGCAGGUCUAUUGAGCAAAGAGGAACAGGAACAGCAAGAGGUGCCUCAGAUGCCCUGUAUUUCUGGAAACAUACUGUGUAAGCAAAGCAGUGCUGAAAAAUCCACUUCCCAAGAGGGCAAGCUGGGUGCUCUGAAACCAGGACAACUCAUAAGGCAUGAAUCUGUGAGAACUAGACCAGACCUGAAAACAGCACGUAGUAAAGAAUCUCCAGUGGCACCAAAUCUUGCUGCUUCAGUUGAGGAAGAAGCAAACAAAGGAGAGAAUCUGCCUGUGGCAGAAGGAUCUGAGGAACCUCUUCCACCAAAAGAUAACUCUGAAGCAUUGUUUGAGGGGAAAUCAGCUGAGGGUGACAAUCUGGACAUAAGUCCAAAAAGCAUGAAGUCAGAAGCACUCUCUUCUCCUGAAAAAUCAUCUGACUGCUACAGCAAGGGAGAACAAAGAAAACGUCUACCUACAGAUGAUGUAGGAAGUGUUGAGGAUACCGUGGAAAGUGAUAAAUUCAUUUCUGGAGGAGAAAGUGAAGAAAGUGAUACAAAACCUAGGCAUCAAGUGAAGAAACCCCACUGGGAACCCAGACCAAACCUCAUGGGAGUUACUGGAAAAGGAGAUGAUGCUGAAGAAGGUGAAAGCAGAGAAGAGGACACUGCUGAGAACAGAGAUGCAGCAAAGGAUUUGAUGGUAGAAGAUCUAGGUGUAUCAUUAGAGAGCUUUAACAACACAGUGGAAGCUUCACCCAUCUCAAAAGCUGCAAGAAAACGCACUUUCGUGGAGCCUGUGGAAACGCCUUCUAAAAGAUCCAGGAAGAAUAUUCAUCAGACUCCAGAUACAUCAUCAGGGAGUGAGAGUCAUGAAAAAGAAUACCAUUCUUUUAACCAAAGAGUGCAGUGGAAGCUUUGGAAGCAGUCCGGAAAAAUAAGGAAAUGGAAGGCAUUGCAAAAAUGUUUCGUAGAGCUAGAAACUACUGAUGCUUCCUCUUCGUCUGAAUGUGAGCCUGAUUCCAUGGAGGAGGAGAAUCAAACCCAAGAAGUUACAAUGAGGUCUGCUACAGGCAAAAGUUUGAGCACUGCACAUAGAACGGAAUUUGAAAGUUCAAAAACAACUUUGGUGACCUUCCGGGCUUCUCAAAAGACUGAGGAGGAAGAGGAAGAAAGAGAAGAAGAAGAGGAGGAGGAGGAAAAAGGAGAAGAAAAAGAGGAGGAGGAGGAAAAAGGAGAAGAAAAAGAGGAGGAGGAAAAAGGAGAAGAAAAAGAGGAGGAGGAAAAAGGAGAAGAAGAGGAGGAGGAGGAAGAAAGAGAAGAAGAGGAGGAGGAGGAAGAAAGAGAAGAAGAAGAGGAGGAGGAGGAGGAAGAAAGAGAAGAAGAAGAGGAGGAGGAAGAAAGAGAAGAAGAAGAGGAGGAGGAGGAAAAAGGAGAAGAAAAAGAGGAGGAGGAAGAAAAAGGAGAAGAAAAAGAGGAGGAGGAAGAAGAAGAAGAGGAGGAGAAAGAUGACACUGAACCUGAUGAAAGUGAAUAUUUUAUGUCAGAGGAAGUAAACAAAGCUCCAGCAUUUGUUCCUAUAGCACUUCGAUCCCCAAAGCCUGUUCCUGUUCAGAUAGAGGAAACAUUGGAGGAGCUGGAAAUACCUAUGAACGUGCAAGAUGGGCAGGUGGCUCCUGCAGUUGAAAGUUACUUUCCUGCAACUGCCAAGACAGGGGCACAGAAGCAGCACAAAGAACGCACCUCAACAGCAGAAACAACUGUACAUGAAGAUCCAGAGGUGGACAAAGGAAUUACAGAUGGAAGCACCACAGCUGCCUUGACUUUACUUGCAAUGGGUGGUCCAAAGAUCUGUUUCAAAAUAAGUCCUGAAGACAAGCUGGAUAUAGCAAAUAGCUUCAUAACCCACAUCUUCUCCCAACAAAAUAUAACUUACAGUCAAUAUUUACUUUCUUCAGGCACUUCUCCCAAGGGGCUGCUUCCUUCUGGGAGUGAAAACAUCAUUAAUGCAGAAGAUGAAAGCACUGCAACAGGGACAGGUGUCAAAGAGUAUUUUGAGAAGAAUGCUUCAGAAACCAGAAGAGAAGAAAAGAUGGAAGGCAGAAAUUCAGGAGGGUUAACAACUGAAACUGCAUCACUAAAACCUGAAGAAUCUUGCCUUAGAGUAGUGGAUUGUCCAAAUCGAACUUAUGUGGCUGGAACUCCUGAGCAAAGUCCUUGUCUUCCUGAGGCCCCAGUAUGUCUAAGCAACAUACAUCAGGAUGAAGCUCGUGCUCAAGAUGCUCAACAGAAAUGCAGGAGCACCACAGAAGCAACUUCAGCAGUGAAGAAUGAUUGUACAUAUCCAGAGGAGGAGCAGUCAUUCGUCUUAACACUGAUGGAUAUCUCCAACUACUCAACAGACUUGGGUGCAUCUCCUUUGCUGGAAGAUAUUCCAGAGGACUGUCUACAAGCCCCACUAAUUACUAAGCCGAUAAAAAUAAGGUCAAAAACAGCGACUGAAGUGAAGAGCCUUAUGGAAGCCACACAACUACAGAGUACACCAUCAGAGCAUGUUGUAGAUUUGCAGACAAUUCAAAAAAGGUCAUUUGCUGUUGAAGACACUGAUUCUCCUCCUACCAAGAAAACUCUUUCUGCUGCCAGAGCAGAAGGCAACUUGGCAACCACUUACAAGGAUUAUUCAACAAAAUCUGCAGAUUCUCCAGAGGGAGCUUAUGCGAGUCCUUUUCAAAAUACAGAUGAUUUAUCCAAGGAAAAUCUGCUGAACUCUCUGAUGCUGUUUGACUCUAUGACACUACUGUCUGAAAAAAGGGAUCCUGAGACUCUGGAGAAAUUACAGACAUCACCACCUGAGAGUGAAGCAUCCAAUCAGGAAGCGAAGGCGGUGAUGUCUGGAUUAACCUCUAUGAGCAAAGCAGAAGUAAGUGGACAAGGAAAGCAGGAGAAUGUGCAUGAAUCUGCACUGUUGGAACAUACUGGAAGCCUUCCAUCAUCUUCAAAAUCUCCAUUACACAGCACUGGCCAAAACCCAUUGGGAUUUUUACCUUUAAUUUGCACAAAAAAGAGUUCUGAAUCCACAGAAGAUACCAAAGGGAAAACAGAGAAGACCCAAAGCCAUCAGAUUGUGACUCCAAAGCAAAGUCCAAACAAUCCCACUCCAUUCACUGGGGACGGUAAGGAGUCUUCUUCCCUUCCUUCUACAAGAACAUCAUUGUCCAUGGAGGAUGAGAAGGUUGCUGCUGAAGCUGCAGUUAUGGCUCCAACUAACAAGGCACCUGAUGAACCACUCCUUUGUGAUGAAGAUCAGGAGAAGGAAGAGGAGCCAACCAAAAUCUCUGAGUAUUUUUUCAGUGAUAUCUUUAUGGAGGUAGAUGAUUCAGAAUAGCAAAAUUAGAGUUAUCAAUCCUGAAACAUGAGAGUAUAAUGCAACAAGAAAAGAGA